CGCAUUCUGCAAACAGCUCUGUCCGCGUUCGCUUCGCAUCCGCUUUUCCGUAGUCCCCUGAUUCAGCGCUUUCCCGCUUCUCCGCUUUCCCGCUUCUUCGAUUUCCCCCACUUCCCGAGUGAAAACAGCAUGUGGUCGAAAGUUGGCAUCGCCGGAGCCCUGCUCGUAAUGGGCGGCAUACUGUCCUCCAGCGUGGUGGACAACUUCGCCUACGUGGACCGCUCGCUGCCGGUGGCCAUGCCCAAGGCCAAGGCCUUUGCUCCGAAGGAGUGAGGAUCCAGGGAGCCAGGGAGCCAGGGAUGCUGGGAUCCUGGGCGGUGGAUCCCGGAUGUCAGCCGAUUAACCAGUUCCUGCAACAGGAACCAGUGCUUUGUACUCGGCGGAAGGGAGGCCACUGUGGAUAUUUAUUGGCCAGCCAGCUACUCCGGCUUGUCGUUAAUUAACAAGUUCACCGCAAGCGGGAAGUAGUUAAUGUAGGCCCUAAAGCCACUCCCGCAAACCCCCCUCAUUCCCUCCCCCCGUGCCUAGAAGAACAACUGUUAUGUUUGUGCAAUUAACUUUAUUUUAUAAACUUUUUUGUAACAGUUUUUUUUUCUCCCUUUUUAUACCCGUUACUCGUAGAGUAAAAGGGUAUAUUGUAUUCGUGCAAAAG